GUGGGAGAAACGCUCUCGACGGUGGAGAUUUCACGACUCUUCUCUUCCUUACAGCACGGCAGAUCGCCACACACUUCCCCAUCUUUCCCCUAUAUAUUUAUAUAUAUAUAUAUAUGUCUAUACAUUUAUAUUUUCACCUCAAUCCACACUAUAUUUACUGUAGCUAUACCCAAGUCAAAAAACCUAUAAAAUAAUUUCUUUUGGGUUUUACAUCAACGGCAACUGGACUGUGUAUGCAUAUAUAUAUAUACAUAUGUAUAUAUAGGUACUGUUGAAAAUCUCUGGAAUUGUGGGUUUCUGGCCUUAGUUUGUCUCUGUUUUGAAGGUGAUAUAUAGAGAGAGUUGGAAAAUGGGGAGAGCGCCGUGUUGCGGGAAAGUGGGACUCAAUAAGGGGAGAUGGACAGCGGAAGAAGAUGAGAAAUUGACCAAGUACAUUCAAGCUAAUGGUGAAGGCUCUUGGAGGUCAUUACCCAAGAAUGCAGAAGUACUUUGUUCUUGAAGGGUUGUUGAGAUGUGGGAAGAGCUGCAGACUGAGAUGGAUGAACUACUUGAGGGCUGACCUGAAGAGGGGAAGCAUAACUGCUGAGGAAGAAGAACUUAUUGUUAAGUUGCCUACUACUUUGGGAAAUAGGUGGUCGUUAAUAGUGAGUCAUUUACCGGGACGAACAGACAAUGAAAUAAAGAACUACUGGAACUGCCAUUUGAGGAGAAAGAUUCACAACCUCCGAAAGUUUAUUUCAAACGAAACUCUUUCUGUCAUCGCCGAUGUCACGAAUCUCGCCGCCGCAACCGAGCCAAAACCGCCCGCUGACAAACCAAGCAGUGGUACCAGACGGCCGGCAAAGAAGAAGCAUAAAGCUGGGAACCUCCGAAACGACGUCGCAGCGAAGCAGCCAGAAGCGAAGGUACUUUUGGCUUCAAAACCAUUGCCAUGUCCACCAACUAAUCUAGACCUGGACGAAGGUGCCAUGAGAGACGUGAAUUGCUUCAUGAAUCUGGAUCAUCCGUGCGCGGAGAGGGAUACAACGUCGUUUCCGAACCCAGCUGGAGGUUCAAGUCCCUCUCGAGACAGUACUAGUGCAGGCCAUGCAGUUGCAGACGACAACGUUCAUGGAAUUCUCUCGUGUUCUGGUGAGGAGAGAGAAGAGACAUUAAAUGGAAAUUCAAUGUCGUGCCCAGGUAGUGGUGGACAGAAAGAGACGGAAACUCUUUUGGGUCCACACAACGACGUCACUAAUGGUGAUGAUGAUUGGAUAUUAUGUUUUAGCGAACUUAUGGAUAAGGAGCUUUUGGACCCAGAUGAGCUUUUGACUGUGAGUGAUUAUUCUGCGGUUGUGCUUACAGGUGUUGAUCAAGGGACAAUCAUGAGUAGUGGUGGCGGUAGUGGCGGGAAUUGUAGUAUGACCAUCUCCUCUUCGUGCUCCUCAGAAAUUUCUUGUUUGGAUACCGAGAAAUUUGAUUUAGGUAACAAUUGGGAAUGGAUAUAUAAUUAUCUUGAAAGGCAUAAUGAGAUUUUGGAUGUCGAGAAAGACGACAUGUUUUCUUGGUUGUGGGAUAAUGACAAUGAAGUAGGGAUAGGGAAUGGUGAAAAAAGUAACAUUAGUGGAUAUGAAAGUGAUUUUGAUAAGCAAAACGCCAUUGUCGCUUGGCUUCUCUCUUGAUUGUUUGAUGAGUGUUUGUUAUGUCUUGAUUGUUUUU